AUGCUUGAAAUAAUAUUCAAAUAUCGUUUAAUAUUAGUUUUUUUUUUUCGUAAAGAUCGAAAUAUUGAACUAUAUUUACUCUAUUCAAAAUUUGAAAUUAUAAGUUUAAUGUUUAAUGGAUAUGAUCGAGAAAUUUAUGGUCGAAUGAGUCCAUUAGCUCGUAAAUAUGUUUUUAAUAAACUCGAACGACGUUUUCAAUAUGAUGUCAUUGAACGUAUUGAUACAGUUGAUUUUGAUAGUUCUGAUAUUGAUACAUGGUCAUCAUUAUGUAAUCAAUUAUCAAAUGGUAUUAUGUCAAUAAUUGGUCAUGUUGAUCAUAGUGAUUUUGAAUGGUUAGCAAGUUUUUGUUCAACAUAUCAAGUACCAUUUAUUGGUUUAGAUAAUCAUCAUUAUAAAAAAACAAAUUAUUAUAUAUCAUUAAUGCCUGAUGUUUUACCAGCAUUAAUUUCAAUUAUUCGUCGUUAUCAAGUAAAUCAACUUGUUUAUUUAUAUGAUGAUGCAAAUGGUGCUCUUCGUCUUAAACAAUUAAUAGAAAUGACAACAAAUAAUACAAUACAAAAUUUAAAUAUAAUUAGUCGUUAUUUAGGAAAUCCAGAUGAUUCAUAUGAUUUAUUACAAAAUAUUGAAUUUAUGACAAAUUCACAAUUACGUUCAUCAUCAUCAACAAGUGCAGGACAAAAAUUUCAAGGUCGUUAUAUUGUUUUAGAUUUUCAUUCAUUUAAUACAUAUAGAAUAAUUAUGGAUAAAAUAAAACAUCGUGGUAUGACAACAGCUGAUUAUCAUUAUAUAUUACUUACAUUAAAUGCUAAACAACUUGAUAUGACUUAUUUUCGUUAUGGUGGUGUUAAUGUAACAUUUUUUGCUGUACCAUCAUAUGAUCAUUUUAAUGAUAAUUAUACAUUAUUAUUAUAUAAUAAUUAUAUUGAUUCAAUAAAAAAUGCAAAUAUUAAAAAUAUACCAUCUGUUGAAUCAUUAUUAAUUGCUGAUGCAUGGGAAACAUUAUUACGUACAAUAAAUCGUAUGUUAAGUUCACCAAAUGAAACACGUGAUAAAUUAAAAGUAUUUCGACAAGGAAAAUUUUAUAAUGGUUUAACACCUGGUAUUGAUUGUCGAAAUAAUUUUAUUGAAUCAUGGUCACCAGGAAAAGUUUAUUUAGAAAAUUUAUUAAAUAUAAGUUUUCAUGGUUUAACAGGAAAUGUACAAUUUUCAAAUAGAACAGGUCAAAGAACAAAUUAUACAUUUGAUGUUUAUCGUGUUACAAGAAAUGAUAUGCCAAAACAUAUUGGAUUUUUUCGAGCACCAACUACACUUGAAGUAUGAUUUAUUUAGAUGUAGAAUUUAAAAAGAAAUAUAAAAAUGUACUUAGACUAUAUUCUAAUAUAUGAUUUGUUCGAUUGAGUAUUACAAUUAGUGAAAAAGGAAAUGUUAUUUAUUAAUAAAAUCAACAUUUCCUUUCAGGAUAUAACUAUAAGAGUCCUAGAAAAGAAAAUGUUCUUAUAUGAUAAAAGUUGAGAACAUAAAAAAUUUUCUAAGAUAACAUUUAGAUUAUUAAAAAAUCAAAUUUGAUGUUUUAAUUAAUUCUAAUUUUGUUCUAAAUUUCUUCCAACAAGCUCUAGAUGUUGUUUACAUUAUUUCUAAAGUCAUUAUUAUCUAAACAAUACUCUCAUAAAUGAUAUGUUAAUUGCUACAAUAUUUCUUCAUUGAAAGAAUAUCUCUCUUUAAUCGAUAAUUGAAUAAAAUCUAAGGUAUUUUUGAACCUAUAAUCUCUUAUAUUCCUAGAAGUAUUUAUUCAUAAUAUUAAAAAACUAAUAAAAACUGAUAAUUCUAAAUAUUAUUAAGGUCCCUCCCCCCUCAAAAAAAAUUCACUUUUGGUCAGAAGUAUUGAAACUAAGAUAAAUACAUAGGGAGAUAGCCCGUGAUCUGCUCUUUCAGAAAUGACAAAAAUUUUCUUUUAGUAGUUCCGUUUUUCCGAAAAAUUUUCACCCUUUUCGUCAUCCCCUAUUCGAAAAAAAAAAACCUUUUUUAGAACACACCUCUCCCUUUCGGCUCACAGAAUCAAUUUCGUCAUAAUGGUCGAAAUUGAAAUAAAUACAUGGGAAGAUAGACCUUGAUCUGCUCUUUCAGGAACGAAAAAAUUUUUCUUCAGUACUUUAGUUUUUCCGAGAAAUUUCCAAGAUUUUCGUCACCCUCUAUGAGAAAAAAUAAGCUGUUUUUAGAAAAAAACCAAAAAGAUUUUCGAUUUUUUUUCAACUACCACUUUCCAAAAAGGGCAUCUCAAAUUUCUCCUCCCCGGUUCGUUCAAUAUAUUAAUAUUUUUUUUUUGUUGUAAAGAGCAUCUCAAGAUGCAGGGCAUAACAUUGUCCUUUUUUUAAAUUAGGUGUUUGUUUGGUC